GCGCGUCCGCCGCCACGGCUUGGCUGACAGCUCGACCGACUGGCGAAGACUUUGGGGAUGCUGCCACUGCUCUCAAGGUACUCGUCGGCUAACAAGAGAGGACAAUGAUACGAACAUGAUCAGCGCCGAUGGCUUCUCAAAAUGCGAGGCGACUCUGCAAGACAGAGGCAGGAGGAGGCCACCCGCAGAGAUGCUCCAUCUGCUGUCUGCUGUUAUUGUUUGGCUGGUGACAGGGACCACCAUCUCCAGCCUCAACAAAUGGAUAUUUGCCGUUUACAACUUCAGGUACCCUCUGCUGCUGUCAGCGCUGCACAUGCUGACAGCCAUAGUGGUGGACUAUGGGUUGAUCAAACUGCGGGUGAUCCGCCACAGAGGGGCUGGAGAGCAGGACCUGACCCCCAACGCAAAAUGUAAGGUGUUCCUGUUGAGUCUGACAUUUUGUGCCAGCAUCGCCUUUGGAAACAUGGGUCUGAACUAUGUCCAGCUGUCAUUUGCACAAAUGAUCUAUACCACCACCCCACUCUUUACUCUGGCCAUCUCCACGCUGAUCCUGGGCAAGCAGCAUCACAUCCUCAAAUACACAGCCAUGAUGCCUAUCUGCCUGGGAGCCUCCUUCAGCAUCAUGGGAGAGGUCCAGUUCGAUCAGACUGGCUGCUUCUUUGUGUUUGCAGCGACCAUGUUGAGGGGGGUCAAGUCCAUUCAGCAGAGCAUCUUACUUCAGGAGGAGAAAAUCAACUCUGUGUUUCUGCUCUACCUGAUGUCCAUUCCUAGCUUCUGCAUCUUGGCCGUGGCGGCUCUGGCCUUAGAAAACUGGGCUAUGCUGGAGUCGCCGCUGCAUUACGACCGCCACCUGUGGGUCUUCAUCUUGCUCAGCUGCCUGGGCUCUGUCAUGUACAACUUGGCCAGCUGCUGCGUCAUCACGCUCACCUCUGCCGUCACUCUGCAUAUCCUCGGCAACCUGAGCGUGGUGGGGAACCUGCUGUUGUCUCAGCUGCUUUUUGGCAGCGAACUGUCCACCCUCAGCUGUGCCGGCGCGGUGCUGACAUUGUCUGGCAUGCUCAUCUAUCAGAACUCUGAGUUUAUCGUCAGCUACCUGGACGCUCGCAAGGCCAAAGCUAAAAAGUCCGGACAGGUGGAUUUUCACACUGCAAGUGGAGAUGGAGAGGACUUGGACAAAGCUUGUGCGUCUGAACCAACAUAUCAUCAGCAGAGACAAGACAGAAAACAGGAAGACAAGAUAGACUGAACUGAGCGGAUGAAGGAGAGAAUAAAGUAUUGAAGGAUGAAAGGAUGAAACAGUGAGUUCAGUACCCUUUGUGUCUUUAAGGGGUCAAGAGCAGCAGAGGGAGUGUGACCUUAUAAGGCCAUCGUCACUGAUGGUGUGACAGAUCUUUUUUUGUUUAUUUUAACUUCCUUACUGUGCCAAUUUAUUUGUCGCACAGAACUAGAGUCGGCAGAUAGGAAAAGGCUGCCUUUAUUUAUCAUAGGGACAGUUAGGUUCUCUCCUUCAUCUGUAGAUCACUCAUACAUAGCCUAUAGUGGUAUAUGCAUGCAUGAGCACACUAAACUGUUUGAUACCUCAUGAGGUAUUCACACUGUCACUCAUACUACUCCACUGUGAAAAUGUUCUCAUAGACAGAGGGCUCUAAUCGAUGUUUUGGGUGGCUAGUGUGGAUGGUGGAGGCUGCAGAAAGCCUCAUGUGAUAGUGGGGGGAGCAGGGCUUAGAGAGCACUCCGCCUCAAAUCUGAAAGGGCACAAUUUCUUUUAAAAAUAUACAUUACUACUUAAUAGUACUGUUACCUGACAUUCAUCUGGUCCUGCCAUGGUCAGGGACUGGGUUUUUGGCAGCUUUUUUUUUGUGAAGCUUGUAAAAUAAGGAUGCAAAAACCUUUGUUUGGAGGCAGAAGUUACAGUGAUGGACAAAGCCAACAUUUUUGUGCAAUGAGACACCUCUUUUCCUCUACUGAAGCACAUUUUUAAUAAGUUUUGUUUUGUCCAUCCCCUAUGAACCUCAGUGUGGCUCCCCACUUAAGGCCUAGAUUUUGUUCUCAUACCAGCUUGAAAGACGGUCUCUGUAGAGUUAGUCCAAUUAUUUCCAUCAUUUACAACAUGCGCUCACUGCAGCGUUCCUCAAUAAUUAGGUUCACAAGUUCUCUAAGGAGUGUCACUCAGCUUUAGCUGUCUUUUUCCCUGUGGAGGAGAUGAUGAAAGAGAAGACUGCACUGUACUUUUAAGGUUGUUUCUUAAAUCCUAAACCGUGUCAUCUGUUGGGCUUAAUUUUUCCCUUUUUGUGGGUGACACUUUUAAAAAGGUAGUUAGCAGCACAUUUUGAAAAACUGACCUCUGCUGGACAGUGUAGUGUUUUCUCUCAGUAUUUUGCAUUUUAUUGACAGGAUUUUAUUUUGUGACUAAACAUAUUUUAUUCCCCUUUUUAAUAUUUACAUGGAAGAAAAUAUUUAUUUUUUUGAACGUGGGCCUGCACUGGCCUUGUAAUGCUGUACAUUUUGGUCCUCAAGUGUCCUGCACAUGCACACAUGUAAAAUUAGAGGUCUCUCCUGUCCUCUCUCUUCAGAGGAAAGUCAGAUAUACAGAAAGAAGACUGCAUGCUGCUGCUCCUGAAAACAUAAAUGAUGAGGCAUGUCUGUUACCGUGCACUUCCUACUACAUGUAUAAUAUGCCAAAUGUUUCCUUUGAAAUCUCUUUUAGUCCCACUCUAUGGUAAUACUGGUUCUGUCCAUGACCAGAAACACUCAUAUCCAGUUUUAGCUCUCACAAGAUUGCAAUGCCAUACAUCAAAGACGGUUCCAUGACCCCUGCCACAUUUUCUGCAUGAUUUGCCAUAAGAAUAACUGCAGACAGGAUUGUGUGUUGACAGAUUUUUACUUGAUUGUCACAGAUAAAAUUUCGAGGGUGCCAUCCAUAAAAUUACUUUGGCACUGAGAUUCACAUGCUGAAUCUAAGAUCAUAAAUCCCCACUCAACUGAAAAUAGUUCAGGAUUUUGGUUUGAUAAUGGCUUUUUUUGUUUAAUGUUUGAAAAUAAUAAACAGUGUUGUGAGUGAUCUUCAGUUACAGGGUUAAAGAUUAUGUAUAGCAGAUCAUUUCACUGGUUUUACACGACUGAAUACCUCAGCUGUUAGAUAGGACUCGUUAAUGCCCUUGUCUUCAUUGACUAUUAACCAAUGGACUGAGAUCAAGGAUCUUUUCAGCAACCACAAUAAACUGCAGCAUGUGAAUGAUGGAUUUUAUUGUGUUCAACAGAGAAGAGCAAUCUGAUCACAGACGUCAACAUACUUUAAAACAGAUUUUGAUCAUUGAUCGUAUGGUCAGCUGUCUUUUUUUUUUAUUUUAUAAUCUUGUUAAACUAUCACAGGCCUGUGGAAGUUUGGCAGUUUUGGCUGCUUGUUGUCAUGAAUAUCAUGUUGAGUUGAUUGUUAUUCAUCGAGUGUGGGGCAAAGCAACUGUUGCACUGACGAGGUAUGAAGAAGCUGCCCUCAAAGCCUACAGUUCCUGAGUACAUACUGGUUUUGAUUGUUUGCAAAGCUAGUCGCGUGUAAAUAGUUAUUUUAUUAUAUUUAUGUAUUUUAUAGUCAUAUAUGGCUGGUUUAAACUGUACCGGUUUCAGAAUGAAAUGUUUGCCUCAUGCCUUAUUUGGACAUAAUGUAGAUGAGAAAGGAGUGAUUUGAUUUGUCAUUUUGUCAAAGUUUGGUAAAUACUUUGAAUGCCGACUGCAGCCACAGGUGCUUCUGUCGAGGGGCAAAACUGUGGGCGAUUCAUGUACACGUGAUCUGCAAAUUGCUUGGAUAAAAAUACAUGGACUGGUACAAUAAACAAUA